AUGUGCAAAUACUAUAAGGCAGUCGCUUACCUCUACCCCCGCAGCUCCUCUUCACCGCUCUCCGAAACCUCCGAAACCUACAUUGAAAUCCAAAUAUUCGACGAAAUGACGACGAGAACAUUAGUAGCUACCCCUACGAAGGCGGCACUGACACCAUACAAAAGACCAUCCAAAAGAAAGCUCAGAGAAGAAGACGCUCUCCAGGAAGCCAGAGUAAAAGAGGCGAGAUCCCGUAUUAUUGUGACGGGCGCGUUCAUUCCCGAAACAAGCGGGGGCAAAGACGUGCCGAGGCCUGAUAGAGGAAAAGGCCGUACUCUUGCUGACCCUCCUCCGCCUUUCGAUGAAAACAGCCGUUACCUCCAAAGCAACGAAAUCUCUCCUUACUUCGCCUGGACCGAGAAGCUUGACCUUGACCGCGCCUCCCUCCCAUGGUGGGUGCGUGUUCCGACAAGGCCGAAUAUCACCCACUUCGAAUAUAUGAAGCAAACACGGAGCGUCGCGCGCACAACACAACUGCUCAACGAAGCUCUGAGAACGAUGCAGACCCCGGAGAACCGGCGCACAAAGGAGAUGAAUAUGGGGCUGCUCCCGGCGUUAAGCGAGUAUGAGCAGAGCAUGCAUGGGAAUGGGGAGAAGGGCAAAUGGGAGCUGCCAAGGUCGACACACGAGACCUAUGAUAAGCUGGUUGUUCUAUUGAGCCAAGGGGCGCCGGAGUUUCUUAGACCUCCGCCGCGAUCGGAGAGGGAGAUAAAAAAGUACCCGUUUGGCAGGUUUAAAAAAGUAGUGGUAAAGAAGUUGCCGCCCUUAGAAAUGCCCUUGAAAUGGGAGCCAAUAUACCUUAGCGAUUGGGAGGAGCACAUGUCGUGGGGGCCGAAGGAAGUUUUGGAGAGUCUUAGCUCGAGUGGUCUGGGAGAGGAGAGGAAGCAGAAGGUACGCGAGAUGAUGAAAGGGAUCGAGUGA